AGACAAAUUUACAGGGUGCAUAAUAACACAGCUGUUCCCGCUUCGGCUUUUGAAAUCAACCAAAUGCGUCGAAGUCUAGCUCCGAGUCAGCGGCUUGGGGUACGCCUCCAGCCGAAUCAAGAAUUUACGCCACCACUUUUACAAAAGAAAAACAAACGCACCUGCCAGCAGGAGCAGGAGCAACUUCAAUGUCAAUUUGCUUUGCGAGAUGCCACCAAUUCCAAUGGGAGCAUACCAUUACCUAUUCGCUUCACGGCCAAUAGUGAAUACGAGCUGGCCAUAGCCAAGGUUCUAGCCAGAAAAUUCAAAGUGCCGAUUGCUAAUUAUGUGCCAGAUUAUGGAGGAAAUCGCUGCCUGGGAGUGCGACGUUCUAUUGUGCGGCGCGCUCUACAUGAUCCGCAGGCCUGCAAUGCUUUGGUUCUUUACACCCCACCCGUAUACUCUGAACAUGAGAGAAUGAAAAUGGAUCCAACGAAAAUAUUAGUUCAUGUUGUGGUUGAUCCACUACUGAGCAAUAUCUUACGUCCGCAUCAGCGUGAGGGAGUGCGAUUCAUGUACGAUUGUGUGGAGGGCAAGAAGGGAAAUUUUAACGGCUGCAUUAUGGCCGAUGAAAUGGGUUUGGGCAAGACGCUGCAGUGCGUCACUCUGGUUUGGACUUUGCUGCGUCAAAGUUGUGAAUGUAAACCGACCAUAACUAAAGCAAUUAUUGUCUCGCCCUCAUCGCUGGUGAAAAAUUGGGAGAAGGAGUUUACAAAAUGGCUCCAUGGACGUAUGCAUUGCCUGGCCAUGGAAGGUGGUUCAAAAGAGGACACUAUAAAAGCUCUCGAACAGUUUUCCAUGAACACAUCUACUCGGCUCGGUACUCCCGUGUUGCUUAUUAGCUACGAAACUUUUCGAAUCUAUGCAAAUAUUUUGUGUCAAAACGAAGUGGGCAUGGUCAUUUGUGAUGAGGGCCAUCGCCUAAAGAAUAGUGAUAAUCUAACAUAUCAGGCAUUGAUGGGUCUCAAGACCAAGCGACGCGUUCUACUCUCGGGAACACCUAUUCAAAACGAUCUAACAGAAUAUUUUAGUCUGGUCAAUUUUGUCAAUCCCGAAAUGCUGGGCACUGCAGCCGAUUUCAAGCGUAAUUUCGAGAAUCCCAUACUGAAAGGUCAGAACACCGAUUCCAGCGACAAAGAGCGCGAGCGAGCUCUAGAGAAGACGCAAGAGUUGAUUGGCCUGGUUAAUCAGUGCAUUAUCAGGCGAACGAAUCAAAUUUUGACUAAGUAUUUGCCUGUGAAAUUUGAAAUGGUCAUUUGUGUUCGCCUGACCAGCGUACAAUUGGAGUUUUACACGAAUUUCCUAAAGUCUGAUAAAGUGCGGAGAAGUUUGGCAGAUUGCAAUGAAAAAGCCUCCUUAACAGCUCUGGCUGAUAUAACCACAUUGAAGAAGCUGUGCAGUCAUCCGGACUUGAUUUAUGAAAAGAUGUUGGCCAGAGAUAAAGGUUUCGAGAACUCGCAAAAUAUUCUACCCACAAACUAUAAACCCAAAGAUCUGAAUCCGGAGCUAAGUGGCAAAUUCAUGCUUUUGGACUUUAUGCUCGCCACUAUAAGAGCCAAUUCUGAUGACAAAGUUGUUCUGAUAUCCAACUACACACAGACAUUGGAUCUCUUUGAGCAAUUGGCGCGAAAGCGUAAAUAUACAUUUGUCCGUCUAGAUGGAACCAUGACCAUCAAGAAGCGUUCCAAAGUUGUCGAUAGAUUCAAUGAUCCGGAAAACGAUUGUUUCCUUUUUAUGCUAAGCAGCAAAGCUGGGGGCUGCGGUCUGAAUUUAAUAGGUGCUAAUCGCUUGUUUAUGUUUGAUCCGGAUUGGAAUCCGGCCAACGAUGAACAGGCCAUGGCUCGCGUUUGGCGUGAUGGACAAAAGAAACCAUGCUAUAUAUAUAGAUUGGUGGCGAGUGGUUCUAUUGAAGAGAAAAUUCUACAGCGUCAGACCCAUAAGAAAUCUUUGUCCAGCACCAUUAUAGAUAACAAUGAGUCGGCGGAAAAGCAUUUCACGCGUGAUGAUCUCAAGGAUUUGUUUAGUUUUGAUUCCAAGAUUCUAUCGGACACUCAUGAAAAGCUAAAGUGCAAACGCUGCCUUCAGAAUGUUCAAACAAAGCCACCGCCUGAGGACACAGAUUGUACUUCGCAUUUAUCUCAAUGGUUUCAUUGCUCAAACAAUCGUGGUCUUCCCGAUGACAUACUCGCCCAAGCGUGGACAGCCAGUAAAUGUGUUUCCUUUGUCUUUCAUCACCGAUCACAGGCUCAGGCCAUCAAGGAGAGUGAGGAAACGAAGCAGGAAGCUGAAGACACUUCAAUUCCAGCAAAAUCGAAACGCAAACGCUCAACCACACCGGAAAGUGAUGAUUGCAAUGAUGAAGAUUUCAAGGGAUUUUAG